AUGGCCACUGCCGACGCCAAAAUCCAAGAACUCCAAUCAAAACCCAAGCAAGAACUCACCGAAUACGAACUCGGCCUGCUCGAAACGCACGAAUUCACCAACGGACCCCUCUCCCUCCUCCAGACCGCCGUGCGCAACCACACCCAAGUCCUUAUCUCGUGCCGCAACAACCGCAAACUGCUCGCUCGAGUCAAGGCCUUCGACCGGCACUGCAACAUGGUGCUGGAGAACGUCAAGGAGAUGUGGACGGAGACGCCCAGGAAGAGCGGCGGGGAGAAGGGGCGGCCGGUGAAUAAGGAUCGGUUUAUUAGUAAGAUGUUUUUGAGGGGGGAUAGUGUGAUUCUGGUGUUGUUGAGUUGA